CGUUUAGCCCUGACAUUGCCCUUGGUCACUGCCUACGAGUUACAACAGAGCUAGUAAUGUUGGAAUUGACCACUUUAAUAAUUUUGGGGUUAGCAGCAUGUGGUGUUGCUGAUGACGGAAAUACGUUAUCUGGGAAGAUUCCUGGGGAAAGUCGCCAAAGAAGACUUUUAUUUUAUGACGAACAAGGAAACUUAGUGAAAACUUAUUCUAAUCCUUAUCUUACUGAUUUUGGAGCAAACAAUAAUAUUUUCUGGAACCUGAUGAAUCCAUUCUUUAGCUUUCUUAGGCCAUCAAGAUUCAGCGGUUCUACCAUAGCAUACAUGAUACCAGUAUCCGAUGCGGUGGUACAACAAAUAAACACCGACCCAGUGUACCAGAACAAGCUAAUGUUGCUCUUAACACGAGACCCAGUUGUAGAAAUAAAUCCCCUUUGCACCGGGAAGAGGGAACCAAUACCUUCGCAGAAACUCUGUAGUAACUUCCUUAACUGCUGGGACGGCUGGGCGUUUGAACAGGAGUGUCCUGAAGGAUUGCUGUUCUCUAAUAAUGGAUACUGUGACUAUGCUUAUAAUGUGGACUGCAGUAAUAGAAAACUUAAAGAUACCAUAAUAUCGCGAUGUCGCCAAGAUUUCGAAACAUUUCGAAACGAGACAAACUGCAACGAGUUCUUCGUGUGUGUGAACAGUCUGCCGGUCAGAUUCAAAUGCCCCUCUGACCUUUACUUUAACCAGUAUUUGGGAGUAUGUGAUUAUAAACAUACCGUAAGUUGUAACACUUCGUUGACUGACCCUUCUGACUCCGAUACUCAAUCUACUACCACCGCCAUCUAUAGCACGAAGGAUACAACUCCAAUGGAACAAAGCACAUCGCCUACAACUUCGACUCCUGGAGCAGUUCAUCAGUUUAUCAAUACUUAUUAUGAUAGCAAGACUUGGACUUCAACGCAUGUUGCUAUGUCACGUCAAGAUGCUAUUCGUCAGUUGAAGCUUAAAGCUAUCGCUGAUGUUAAAACAGCAGAAUAACUCGAAUCAUUCCGAGGACAUUUUAAUAAUUUUAAUUUUGCUUUUUUUAAUUCCGAAAGCUCCUUCUGUGAAAAGGCGUCAUGUGGUUUGAGCCGGACAGUAUAAAGUU